GCUUCCAUGAGCUGUCACAGCCUUUAACAUCUUUUAUGAUAUAGUAUAAUCCCUCUGUGCAUGAGAAGAAGCCAGCUAAUCAGGGAAUAUACAUGGGAUGGAAUAGGAAUUCUCUUUCUUUCCUGCGUCGUGAUCGUUUGUAUUGAUGAGAAGCAAAUCUAUCCCAGGAGCUCAUAGCAAAUGGCAGAAGAAUUUGAACUAGCAGGCUGUUCGUCAAAGUCAUUCAAGCUGUACUCGCCAAAGGAGCCCCCCAACGGCAACGCCUUCCCCCCCUUCCACCCAGGCACCAUGCUGGAUCGAGAUGUGGGACCCACCCCGAUGUAUCCACCAACAUAUCUGGAGCCUGGGAUAGGGAGGCAUACGCCAUAUGGGAACCAGACAGACUACAGAAUAUUUGAGCUGAACAAACGCUUGCAAAAUUGGACAGAGGAAUGUGACAAUUUGUGGUGGGAUGCUUUUACCACAGAGUUCUUUGAAGAUGAUGCAAUGUUAACCAUCACAUUUUGUUUGGAGGAUGGACCAAAGAGAUACACUAUAGGACGAACGCUGAUUCCUCGGUAUUUCCGCAGCAUCUUUGAGGGAGGAGCCACAGAGCUGUACUAUGUCUUGAAGCACCCCAAGGAGUCAUUCCACAAUAACUUUGUUUCCCUCGACUGUGAUCAAUGCACAAUGGUCACACAGCAUGGCAAACCUAUGUUCACACAGGUAUGCGUAGAAGGCAGAUUAUACCUGGAGUUCAUGUUCGACGAUAUGAUGAGGAUAAAAACGUGGCACUUCAGUAUCAGGCAGCAUCGAGAGCUCAUUCCCCGGAGUAUUCUAGCCAUGCAUGCCCAAGACCCCCAAAUGUUGGACCAGUUGUCUAAAAACAUUACAAGAUGCGGACUUUCCAACUCCACGCUAAACUACCUCCGACUAUGUGUCAUCCUAGAGCCCAUGCAGGAGCUUAUGUCCAGACACAAGACUUACAGUUUAAGUCCUCGGGACUGUCUCAAGACUUGUCUCUUUCAGAAAUGGCAAAGAAUGGUGGCACCUCCGGCUGAACCAGCCAGACAAGCCCCUAACAAGCGCAGGAAAAGGAAAAUGUCCGGGGGCAGCACCAUGAGUUCUGGAGGGGGCAACACAAAUAACAGCAACAGCAAAAAGAAGAGCCCAGCCAGUACCUUCGCCCUCUCCAGCCAGGUACCUGCCUCAGCUUCCCCUUGAGCUCCAAGAAGCCGCUUCUGACCACGCGUAGUAGUGGAAGGAAGGGACACGCCUCUGCCUUGAUUAUGUUUCUGGAACUCUUCCCUUUCAGGAUGUAAUGGUGGUGGGCGAACCAACCCUGAUGGGAGGAGAAUUUGGGGAUGAAGACGAACGGCUCAUAACCCGCCUGGAGAACACUCAGUUUGACGCCGCCAAUGGAAUUGAUGAUGAGGACAGCUUCAAUAACUCUCCAGCACUAGGCGCCAACAGCCCAUGGAACAGCAAACCCCCCUCAAGUCAAGAAAGUAAAUCCGAGAACCCAACUUCACAGGCUUCACAGUAAAAAAAAAAAAAAAAAAAAAAAA